AUGGGAUACAGCACGAGCUCCUCCUCUUCGCCGCCCUCCUCUCCUCCUCCCAUCCUCACCCCCUGCGCCGCCUGCAAGAUCCUCCGCCGCCGCUGCGUCGAUAAAUGCGUCUUGGCCCCUUACUUCCCGCCCACCCACCCCCUCAAAUUCACCAUUGCUCACCGCGUUUUUGGCGCUAGUAACAUUAUCAAGCUGUUGCAGGAGCUGCCUGAGGAUCAAAGAGCUGAUGCUGUGAGCAGCAUGGUUUAUGAGGCAAAUGCUCGGCUGAGGGAUCCGGUGUACGGGUGCGCGGGCGCAAUUUGCCAGCUGCAGAAGCAGAUCAGUGAGCUUCAAGCUGAAGUAGCCAAAGCUCAAGCUGAAAUCAUCAACAUGCAAUGCCAGAAUUCCAACUUGUUCGACCUCAUUUGCAAGCAAAUCUCGUCUGAGGAAAAUCCUAUGCCGUCGUUUCAUGAUAUUUUAAAUUACAGCGUUUUUGAGGACUUCCUUUUUGAUGACAGCGUCUAAGGAUAAUUUUAAUUUUAACAUAUAUAUACUUCAUGAAA